CCUUAUCUUUUUAAAUGCAAAUCUUCUUCGGGAUAUAUUACCCCCGCGCCUCUCUCUCUCUCUCUCUCCCUCCCUCGCUCCACGUCACCUGCCCUCGGUGGUGGGCCUGGCCGGGCCAUUCCUAAGAGAGCCUCUUGUCAACAAUCGCUCAUCCUCCUCUGCGCAGCGCUGCUGGCUGGCUUGGCCGAGGGAGCCGGCGGCUCCCUGAGGGACGAGGCUCGGCUCCUCUGCGCCUGGAGACAACGGCAGCCACGGGGUGGGGGCCGAUCCCCGCACCCGAGCCCAGCCCCCACCCCGGCCCCCAGCAGUAUGUGGAGAAGCGUCGCUCGUCUCCGGCCACCAUGUACGUGAGCUACCUGCUGGACAAAGAGGGGCCCUCCAUGUACCCCGGCUCGGUGCGCCACGCAGGGGGGCUCAACCUGGCCGCCGCCGCCGCUGCCGCCGCCGCGCAGAACUUCGUGGGCAGCCCCCAGUACACGGACUACGGCGCCUACCACGUGCCCGCGGGGAUCGGGCUGGACAAUGCUCAGUCGCCUGGCUCGCCUUGGCCCGGCGCUUACGGCGCGCCCCUCCGCGACGACUGGAACGGCUACGGGCAGGGGGCGGCCCCGGGGGCGGCGGCGGCGGCGGCUGCCAGCGCCAUGCACGGACCCGCCGCGGCAGGCUUGGCCUACAGCCCCGCCGGAGACUACCACCCGCACCCGCACCCGCACCACCACCACCCCGCUCAGGGCCCUCCGGCGCCCUCCUGCGGGGUCCCCCCUUCCGCAGGGCUGAUGCAGCCUCUCAACCCGCCGCCCGGCUCGGAGCAGCUCUCGCCUGGUGGCCAGCGGCGAAACAUCUGCGAGUGGAUUCGGAAACCCACGGCGGGGGGACCCGUGAAAACCAGAACGAAAGACAAAUACCGUGUAGUCUACACAGAUCACCAGCGACUGGAGCUGGAAAAGGAGUUUCACUACAGCCGCUACAUCACCAUUCGGAGGAAAGCAGAACUGGCAGCCACGCUGGGAUUAUCAGAGAGACAGGUAAAAAUCUGGUUUCAGAACAGGCGGGCAAAGGAGAGGAAGAUCAACAAGAAGAAGAUGCAACAGACUCAGCCGGGUGGCGUGCACAGUGGGUCAGAACCUAUGAGCCCAGUCUCCUCCAUGCAGCCAGGGACAACUGGCUCUGGUCCUAGUGGAGCGGUGUUGGGUUCCACUGGCCUGGUGCCACCCACAGCGCAGUGACGGUAGCUGGAAGGAAAGACUGAAUAGCUGGGGAUUCCUGCUCUCCUCACUGAAGGGGGAAGCACAUGUGCACCCACCAGUCCCUGGUGGCCAGGGCUGCUGCCCCCUCAAAGAAACUGAUGGGGUGAGGACAUGGGCUCUCCUUCCCGUCUGUGUGCUAGGAUGGACUUCCCUAUACAUUGUCACACUCCAGCCCUUUGCUGCAUGUUUGUACACAAUGCACUGUGAGCGACCCAAGUUUUUGUUGGGAUGUGGGAGGGAGGGGAGUUGAUUUUUUUUUUAAUAGAAAAAAAUUGCUUCAUUUCCACACUGCGGGAGGUGCCCUGUAGCUGCCACUUCUCCACCGACCCUUCUCUUCAUGAUGAAAACGGCGUAUCUCAGGGAAUUGGGCCCGGAAUGCCUUGCUGGUUGCUGUUCUUGUUUGUUUUUUUAUGACCAAUGUUGUUAGGCUAAUGAUGCAUUUUAAUGGGAGAAAAGCAAGGGGAUAAAAUUAAAGCAUAUUUCUCUUUUGUUUCCUUGGUACCGUAAAUAUACCCAAAGGAGGACUAUUUUGCCUUACAGCUCACAGGAAGAUAGGGAGGGGCCGAAAAGCUCCAAAGCAAAUUACUUGUAAAAGGGCUCCAAUCCAGUGGGAAAUGGUCUUGCUCAGGUCUGAUGGGAUAGGCUGAUGGCCACCCAGAUCUAGUUUUAUGUGCGGUGUGCUGAGUGGUAGCAGAACUCUAUGGAAAGAAGGAACUCCAUUUUGAGUAGCAAGUGGGACUCAAGUUACAAUUGUUUUGAAAAGGAAGUUGCAAAAAUGUUCACAGUAGGGCAAUUCACACGACUAUAAAUUGGAUGGGAGACAAGUCCUACCCAGUUUCGGGAGCUAGACAUGCUUCCAUUUUGUCACCAUAUCUUAAAUAAAAACAAAGUCAGAGUUGGGGAGCCUGAUCAUCAAUCAAGGAUGAGUGCACCCUACCCAGUGCCACCUAGAUACUGAUCGAGGUAGGUGGGGGAAACAUCCUACCCAGCUAGGGCUUGACUGACCAUCAAGAUCCCCACCUUUGACCUCAUUUUUAUCUAAUGCAUGAUGGAAAACCAGGAGCAUGCCCAGCUCCUGAAUGAGGGUAGGAGGUUUAUCCCAAUGACAACCAUGUGAACUGCCCUUGUGUGGGCAAAAAUGUUCAGUGUAAGGAGCAAUGUUACCUGUAAAAGGGAUUCCCCAAUGUUCCCAAACUGCAACUCCCAGAAUCCCCAGCUGCAGUGGCCUUUGGCUGGGGAUUAGAAGUAUUAUUUUGAAUAUUCCACUUUUUAACAAAAAGGGGUUUACAUUGAAAAAGGAAUAAGGACAAGACAUUCAUUGAGUUUAUUAGACUUCAUACAUAAGUGCAAUCCAGAGAGUAUUUGCAGUCUAAUCUAUGCAUGUCUAUUCAGAAAUAAGUCCCCUAUAAAUUCUGAGUAAUUUAUAUGAUCAGGCUGUUGAUGUAAUUAUGGUUUCAAUCCUAAACAUAUUUACUUGAAAGUAGUUAUUUGGAAUUUAUUGGCCCAACUGACAACCUUUUUAGGUUUAAAGCAGUUGUAUUUGGUGUACAGGUUGGUGUUUAUCAUUUUAUUUUAAAAGCUUCCAAACUGCUUUUCCAACCAGCAAAUGCUCAUGGUAGCUUAUAAUAAAAAAAGACAGAAGGCAGUGGGAAAUGUUUGACUAGAAUUUCAGUUGUGUUUAGAAGUACUCCAUUUAUGUCUGUGAAGCUACCUCCAAGUAAAUGUCAGACUGU